AUCAACAGUAUCGUUGUUAAGGUUAUCGUGAGCAAUUUCUCGCGUAUCUAUCACCAGAAUCAACGUGCUGACAAGCGCCGAGCACAAAAGAAAGCUCGCUUGGCUCGUAUCCGAAUAGUAAAGAAUGCAUCUGGUCAAGCGCUAUUCAAUAAGAAGAAAGCACAUGAAGCUAGAAUGAAGGCAUUUGAACAAGGUCUGCUCUCAUUUGAUGCUCUACGAGAUGAGGACAUAUUUGAGAUCCAACAUCACCACCUGUUGCAAUGCCUGGAAAAGGCUACGGUACACGAGACAACUCCGGACGAGAAAGUGGAACUGCACAAUAUCUGUGUGUCUCAACUUUAA